AUGGGCUGUUGUCACAGCACAGGAGAUGAGACGCUCGAGUCAGAAGAAACUGUGAAGGAAGUCCUUGUGGAGGUUGUCUCGGAAUUAGAUGAAAGAGUUAAUACCGUGAAGCCGCCUGAAAAUCAACAACUGAAUGGAGCCAUUUUGAUGGUGCCGCCGCCGGCGAUUCGCGCCGAACCCGAUCUGCACGGGGAAGAAAUUGUUUCCGAUAUUUCGGAAGUAUGUAGCUUUAGAGAGAGCUUUCCGAGUAAGACCCAUGGAGGAGCAAUCGCGGCGCCGGAGAAUAGGCACCCGGCGGUGCAGCCGAGGAAAGUGGCUGCAGUGAGGUGGCGGCGGGGAGAUGGGAAGAGUGAGAUGGUGGGUAAUGGAGAACCUCAAAACGACGUCGUGCCGCGGGAAGAAGCCGAGUCUCUUGAGAACCCUGUUAUCUCCUUAGAAUGCUUUGUUUUCUUGUGA